AUGACGUGUACGACUCCCUGGUACCGCGACGAUGAGCGGAGGUUCCUCCAGCGAACCGAUAGCAUGUACCUGGACGUGGUCCGGCCAAAGGACGUGCCCCAGGGCAAGGUCAUGUAUCCCAAGGAUUACGACAAGUCCCUCAUGACGGAGGACAUCCCCAGGUGCCAACCCACCUUCGACCACCUCAAGUACUUAGACAAGCCGGACAUGAGUGUGGGCUGCACUGAUCCGGUGCACCCGGGGGGCAAGGCACGGUCCUACUACGCGCCAAUGGACCGGCGCCCUCGGGACCUGAGCCUCACCACGGCGGACAUCGAGCUGGCCAUCCCGAAGGGGGGGCAGCAGAAGGGCUUCCGCCACACCGACCCGGUGUGCCCCAGGUAUCAGAUGCCGUCUGCCUACCAGCUGCCGCCUCCGGAGCCGAGAUGGAAUGGCCGCCACAACACCGACAACUCGGAUAUCGAGAAGAGCCAUCCGCGGGUGCUCCAUCCUGAGCGGAACUACAUCCGCGACCCCAACGAGUGCCGGGACAUCGAGUUCACCGCCCCCUGCUAUGCUGAGAAGAUGAGGACGCUGAACGCCCGGUCCCGUCCGGACAUGUCGCUGAACGUGAAGGACAUCACGGGAGAGAAGCCGGUGCGGCCGCGGUGGACCAACCCCCUGGACCCCACCUACAAGGUGCCCACCAGCGGGACGACCUCGCUGCACGCCAAGUACGCCGAGGAGCGGGGCCUCAACGUGAUACUCCCGAACGUAGAGGUGAAGGAGGUGGGCUUUGUGGAAGGCUCCAAGUCCAAGCAGCUGCACUGGGACAACGGGGAGCCCCAGCUGAGCCUGCUGCGCGAGGACAUCGCCGGCAGCUUGCCACAGCGCUGGGUGGGAUCGGUACCGGCCAACAUCUAUGACCCUCCGGAGACGAGGCAAAGCGAACAUGUCCUUCUGUCGGUCAGUUUUGCCCCUGUCGCAGCGCGGGAAAGCCGCGGCGACGCGGACGCCAUCUCUGAGGGUUAA